ACAUAGUAGUGAUAUCCAAAAAAAAAUAAGAGAGAUAACGCAACAUAUAGUUCGCUAUAUGUAUGUGUAUCUAAUCUAAUCAUUGCGUAUUGUAUGUAAAAAGACGUUAGGUGAACGCUCAGUAAUCAUUAUUUGUAAGUUUUAUAUAGCAAAAUGUGUGUGUGUGUGUAUAUAUAUUUAACAGCUGAAACAAUACUGGGCCGGCACAGCACCAUGGAAAUAAGGUCAAUACAUUUAGGUGGUCUAUUCCAUGCCGAAGAAGAGAUACAAAUGACUUCGACUAUGCCGAAUUUCGUGGGUCAAAUGCAAGGCUUCAUUUUCAAUGGUCAGAGAUAUAUUGAUAUUGUGAAAACCUUGGGACCGGAACUGUCGGCAUUACCAAGUGCAACCUUUAAGCUAACAGCACGUUUUGUUAACUCACCACCCGGCAAUCCCUAUCACGCUGCCACUUUUAGAUCGAAACAUUCCUACGUAGGCUUGCCAAUGUUAAAGGCUUACUCGAGUAUAUCAUUAGAUUUUCGUUUUAAAACCGUUGAACCAAACGGCCUGUUACUGUACAAUGGUGGCCGUCGUAAUGAUUUCGUUGCAGUGGAAUUAGUUAAUGGUCAUAUUCAUUACACUUUCGAUUUAGGCGACGGACCGGUUACAAUGCGUGAUAAAUCGCGUAUACAUAUGAACGAUAAUCGUUGGCAUCAAAUCAGUAUACGAAGACCUGGACCGAAAACUCAUACUCUUGCUGUGGAUGAUUCAUUCGAAAUUGUUACUUUGUCGGGCAGUAGUAUGCAUUUAGAAUUGGCUGGCAUCCUAUAUAUAGGCGGCGUGUUUAAGGAUAUGUAUGCAAAAUUGCCGGCAUCGAUAUCGUCACGUUCUGGUUUCGAGGGCUGCAUAGCAUCACUCGAUUUGGGCGACACAUCACCAUCACUGACCAACGACGCUGUAGUGCCGAGCUCGCUUGUUGUGUCCGGCUGUGAGGGCCCAACAAAAUGUAGCCAAAAUGCAUGUGCAAACAGAGGCGUUUGUGUACAGCAAUGGAAUGCGUACGUCUGCGAGUGUGACUUGACUUCUUAUACCGGACCAACUUGUUACGAUGAAUCAAUUGCUUAUGAAUUUGGCAACAAUAAGGGCAUCAUCCAAUAUACGUUUCCUGAAAAUUCUCAGGCCGAUACCGAAGAGGAUAAUAUUGCGUUGGGCUUUAUUACAACAAAAUCGGAUGCUGUACUAUUGCGCAUUGAAAGUUCGACAACCCAAGAUUAUAUGGAAAUGGAAAUUGUCGAGGGCAAUAUAUUUAUGGUUUAUAAUAUUGGUACACGUGAUUUACCUUUGGGUGAGAUUGGUACAAAAGUUAAUGAUAAUACAUAUCAUGUGGUGCGCUUUAGUCGUCGUGGAGGUAAUGCCACCUUACAAUUGGAUGAUUACAAUGUCCAAACUUUAACGCCACAAGGCCAUCAAUCUACUGUGUUCAAUACAAUGGCAAAUAUACAAGUGGGCGGUAAAUUUAGUCGUUCGGGACGUACACGGAUUGAUCGUCCAUUUGCCGGAGUAAUAGCUGGUCUAUCGGUCAAUAAAUUGCGUAUAUUAGAUUUGGCUGUGGAUCGCGAUCCCCUUAUAACUAUACGAGGAGAUGUUCAAUUGGUAACUGGAGUAUUAGAUAGAAAUGAUCUGCAAAGAAUGCAGCAGGUUAGGGAUUUUAUUUUAUUACAAAACAAUUAUUUUUGAAUUCUCUUCAAAACUUUUUUCAAGUACUUUUCUCUCAUCUAAAAUAUAAUAUAUUCUAUCCGAGACUUGAUUCAUUCUUUCAAGGAAAAUGUCAAUAAAUUAUGACGAGAAAAAAC